AACCGCAAUUUAAAAAAAAUUUAAGGCGAAGAAAACUUCGGCGAAACUUUUACUUUUAAAUAUUUGCUUUACUUUUUACAGUAGGUACCUCAUUUUUUGUCGAUUCUACGGGCUAUAGCAUUUCAUUAAACGCUUCUAUAGGAAGUUCAAUAAGUUUGGAUUCAAACACAAAUUCGGAAUACCGGAAUAUCCUUUGUUUGCUGAAGCGCUUUAGGCUUGGAAAUUUGAUCCGCGUGGAGCCAGAGAUGCUGUCUCCCCCUGUAAACGUGUCUAUAAUUCUGCCGGUCCACAACGCCGGGCCGUGGCUGGACGAGUGCCUGUCUUCAAUCCAUGUUCAGGAGACCGGCGACCUUCGCUUGGAGCUCUCGGUGUUCCUCGACUCCUGCACCGACGAAUCCUCAAGCAUCGUCGAGAAGUGGAGGACGCCUUUUGACACCAAGGGCGUUAGGUUGAUAGCGACAGAGGAAAUUAACUCGCGUCCUAAAGGAGUUGGGUAUGCAAAGAAUAAAGCUGUCGCUCAGAGCUCCGGACGCUGCCUCUGCUUCAUGGAUGCGGAUGACACGAUGCUGCCACACCGCAUCGCUGUACAGUACCGCCUCCUGCAGCAACAUCCUGACGCGCUCGUAGGGAGCGGGUUCACCCGACAGCCUGCGGAUGCCACCCUUCGCUACACCCUCUGGGCGAACUCCCUCACCCCCCCUCAGCUCCUCACCCAGGCUUUCACGUCGCACGGCCCCACGGUGAUCAUGCCGACAUGGUUCAUGUCCCGGGACCUGUACCUGCUGGUGGGGCCCUUCAGUGAAGCGGGGCGUGGGGUCCCCGAGGACUUGUUCUUCUUCUACGACCACAUCCGCCGCGGGGGGGCCGUGCUGCGGACCCCCGGCGCCCCCCUGCUGGUAUACCGCCACCACCACGCCGCCGCCACGCAUGCCGUGUCUCAGGAGAGCAUCUGGGAGGCGCGGGUGAAGGAGGUGCAGCUACAGGUGCUGGACGCGUGGCCGCGCUUCACCAUCUGGAGCGCCGGCAAGCAGGGGCGCAAACUGUACCGCUCCUUACAGCCUCGUAACAGGGACAAGGUGACGUGUUUCUGCGACGUCGACGUCAAGAAGAUCGGCAAGUUCUACACCCACGAGGCCAGCCACGAGCGCCCCAAGCCACGCGUGCCCAUCGUCCACUUCAGUGAAGCGUCGCCGCCGUUUAUCAUCUGCGUGAAGCUGGGUCUGACGAAGGGGCAGUUUGAAGAGAACCUGGCAUCGCUUAAACUCACUGAAGGGCGGGAUUACUACCACUUCAACUGAUAU